UGACCUGCGGCCCUCCCCUGUCCCCUAGUCUAAUCCCCUAGGCCUUGAUUUGAUCCUCUACGCGGAACAUGCUCACCCCCCUCUGCCCCGUAGCCAGUUGUCUCUGGCCCUCCCGGGUGCCCUCAGAACCCGUCCUACUCGUCCACAACCAGGAGGUCAGAACCCUCACCCCACACUACCAGAACGCCUGCAGUCGGGCUGCAUCUGCGUUUUUGGGCCGUCGGAUAUCUUGUGUCUCCGCUGGCCACCGGCAGCUCGGCCCUUCCAGGUGAUGGUGCGCGGCCACCGCCGCCCCUGGUGCGUAGGUGUGAGUUACCUAAAUUGGGCCGAGGAGGGGGCUUUGGGCAACGAGCUGGCAGCCUUCGCAGCCGCUGAAACCAAGCCCCAUAUCCCCUGGAAGACUCCAAAUUUCGCGUCCUCGGCUACUAGGGACUUCUGGAAACGGUUCUCAGACCAGAUUUUCUCUGAGAGGGGCACGGGGCGACCAGCGGGCGGUCCUGGAUGAAAGCGCCCUGGGCUUUAAGCUGAGCUGGCAAAAAUGGUCUGCUAGGGCCUUUGCCACUCUUUCAGGGGCUUUGGGGGUUCCGUGCCCUUGGAUGUCUCCAGCCGCGCCCGGCUGGCUCCAUUCCCGGACCGGCUGUUUCCCGCCCAGGGCAUCAUGAGUUACUUCCUGUCUUACUGCAAAGCUCAUGGCGGCGCGCUGCUCACCGGCUACCAGGCCCUGCGGGCCGAGGGUUUCUUGUGCGACGUGACACUGGAGGCCGAGGGCAGCGAGUUCCCGGCGCACAGGUCUCUGCUUGCGUGCUCCAGCGAUUACUUCAGGGCGCUGUUCAAGAGCCACACCCGGGAAUCACGGGCGCGCGUGAUCCACCUGCACGUGCCGUCGGCGGCCGGCCUGCAGCGCUUAUUGGACUUCAUCUACACUGCCUGGCUGCCUCUCUCCAUGGAUACCGUGGAGGACACUCUGGAGGCCGCCAGCUACCUGCAGGUCACCGAGGCCUUGGGGUUGUGUGGUCGCUACCUGGAGCGUCAGCUGGCCCCAGAGAACUGCUGCUUCACCGCCAACGUGGCAGCGCGCUUUGGCCUGGCGCAUACAGUGGGCGCGGCUGAACGCUGCAUUGUGCGCCACUUGCGGGAACUGCUUGCGCUGGGUGUGGGGCCUGCGGGGCUGCUGGAACUGAAUCCAGCGUCCCUAAAGGCCAUGCUAGGUGACCCUGACGUGGCACGGGUGCCCGAGGCCCGGUUGUUGGGUCUGACGCUGGCCUGGCUGCGGCAGGAGCCAGCAGCCGAGCGCCUGGCGCACAGUGCUGCGCUGCUUGAACGUAUACGUUUUGGCCUGGUGCCCCCUGAGGUCCUAAGGCGUGUAUACUCAGGCUCCGGUCUUGCCCUGCCCGCUCGGGUCAAGGGUCUCAUCAUCCAGGCCCUUAACUAUCAUACAGCACCCUCCCGCCAGCCGCUCCUACACUGUGAACAGACUAGCAUCCGGAGCCCCCAGACCCGCAUCUUGUUGAUCGGGGGUCGCAGGGGGCGGGAGGCGGUGAUAGAGGAGGUCGUGGUUCCACGGGCAGCAGCCAGGCACCCAGGCCCAGCAGCUGAACCCCAGGAGGAGGAGGAGGAGGAGGAAGAAGAAGAGAUGGAGGAGGAAGAAAAGGAGUGGGAGGUCACCCAGGACGUGGUGGCCUUUGACGUGUACAACCACCGUUGGCGCAGCCUCACGCGGCUGCCUACACCACUGCUGGGGCACAGCGUGUGUACCGUGGGUAACUUUCUGUUUGUCCUGGGUGGGGAGACUUCUUUUGGCAGCCCCUCCACUCCCCUGGCUGAUGGCCCAUGGGCGGUCACGGCCCAAGUGCACCGUUAUGACCCGCGAUUCCACGCUUGGACCGCGGUGCCCGACAUGAGAGAAGCGCGCGCCUACUUCUGGUGCGGUGUGGUGGGCGAGUCUCUUCUGGCUGUUGGAGGCCUAGGAGCUAGUGGUGAAGCUCUGGCCUCGGUGGAGAUGUACGACCUGCGCAGGGACCGCUGGACUGCAGCUGCGACGCUGCCUCGGGCGCUGCAUGGCCAUGCAGGGGCCGUUGGAGACCGGGAUGUUGUGUACAUCUCUGGGGGCAAGGCGGGGAGAGGUGAGGGCGGUGCUAGUAGCCUCCGGGACUUGUAUGCCCUGGGCCCUGGGGAGCGGAUAUGGAGCAAGAAGGCGCCCAUGGGCACAGCCCGCUUCGGGCACCAACUGGCGGUGCUGCGAGGCGCAGUGUUUGCCUUUCUGGGACGAUAUGAACCCUUCUCCGAGAUCGAGCGCUAUGACCCUGGUUCAGAUCAGUGGACUCGGUUGAGGCCACUGCCCUAUGACCGCUUCUGCUAUGGGUUGGCCGUGGUGGAGGAGACUGUGCUGCUGCUGGGCGGCCUCAAGUGGCGGGACUCGCGCCAGGUGCCUACCCGUAAUGUGGUGGGUUACGACCUGGACCUCGACCGCUGGGAGGACAUCAGCUGCGCGCUGCCCUGGGCCUGGAGCGGCCUACAGUGCGCGGUGCUGCAGCUGACUGAGGGUGGGGAUGAAGAAAGGGAGGAAGAGCCUGGAGACUUGCUAGGUUUAAUGCUGGGUUAGUCUAGUCUCUGUCUCAGGGAGGAUGAAGGAAAAAGUCGUGCAACAGACGGGCUUUUCCAGAGUGGAAUUCUGAUAGCAGAGUGGCUUCUGAAGAUUGAGGAGGUAAAAGAGGCAUUGGCUAAAGGGAAACAGCUCCUCUUGAGCUGAGAAUGGGAGACAGGAGAGGUCACAUGGAAGGAUAUAUGAAUCAGCUUCAAUGAACUGGUAUUUUGAAAAUAAAACGAGCCCUAUUUCCCCUCUUAAAGUGUUUCCCUAGAUGCCAAACAGUUAAUAGCUUCCUGCUCCCUCCCCACAAAAAGGUCAAAAAUGUUCACAAAGUUAUAUACAAAUCCCAGAAAAUUGUUGGCUAUAAAAGCUGUAAUAAAUAGUCCUAGAAGAUGGCAUUAUCAGAAUAAAUAGUGAAGGAAAAGUGCCUUGGUUAAGCAGUAUGAAAUCAUUGUAGGGAUAACUAUGAUUUUAUGAACCAGAGCCACAGUUAUAGUUCUGCUCUGAUAGUUCCAUAAAAAUAGGAAACUGAGAGGGGGAAAAAAUCUCAGAAGCACUUUCUUUGAGAUAGUAUCCUUGGUUAAAUCUUUCCAUCCCUGGUUUCCACCUCUAGUCUGCUUUUGUACUGGCUUCAGGUAAUUCAUUGGUUUAAAGUCAUAUUUCAGCAAACCUUAGCAACAAUAGUCUGUAUUUGUAAAAAAAAUAAUUAACUUAUUUUUUGGUGGAUUCUCACCACUUCCCCCAAAAGAAUCACAGAGAAAGGAAAGAAGAAUAGGUGAAGUUUUUCCCGUUUGUGUAGGUAAGUGGGAAACCAGAUUGAUUUUUCAAGGUCUCAGAGAAGAUACUUGAAAGCUUGAGACAGGUUUUCCUUCUGGCUUGUGCCAACAAGGAGGUGGCAAAAUUGGAUCUCAUAACUGGGGUGGUGCUAGUGCUGGUGGUUGUGUGAUUAGGUCACAAAGAAAUGUAAGGACUUUGCAUGAAUAAAGUAGGUGCUUUAUAAGGAUUCA